GCUACUACGGUAAUCAAAGUGGCGGUUAUGCUCCACCACCACCUGGACCAGGAGAUGCUGGCUAUAACGCAUACAAUCAACAAGGAGGUUACCCUCAAGGAGGUGGCUACCAACAACCUGGAGGAUACCCCAAUAAUCCACCACAAGGUGGAUAUCCUCCAUCAGGAGGAUAUCCAUCAGGGGGUUAUCCUCCUCAAGCAGGCUAUCCUCAAGGAGGUCCACCUGGAAUGCCACAACCAGGAGGCCCAGGAGGCUAUCAACCCAAUCAAGGUCCAUCACCACCUAUUGGAUUCAAUACCGGUUACCCAGAUCAAUCAGCUCAACCAUAUCCUCCAUCAGGUGGAAUGGGAGGAUAUCCUUCUCAACCAGGUGGUUAUCCUCCACCACAACAAGGCUACCAGCCGCCAGCCAGCCAGUAUGGUUCGGGCUAUUCAGCAUCAGCUGCUCCAUAUCAAAUGGGGCAGUAUAAGCCAGGUAAGGCUUUUUCCAGACCAAAUUUAUAAUUUUUAA